GCUUAUACUAAAACACUAUUCUUCAAGAAGCUGAGUAAAACUGUAUGGAUACUGGGAAAGAGACUCCCCUUGAAUGGAAUACAUCUGAAAUAUCAGCAUCAACAUCAGUAUUUGACAUAACACAAAAUCAAACAGAAGAACUUAACUAUACAGUCAUGUCUGAAUUAACUUUCGGAAGCAACCUUAACAGAGCAUCAAAUAGUACUGUACCAACGCAAGAAUCAAUUAUAGCUGAUACUUUAGCUGCAUGGGAACAUGAAGAAUUCGCUCCUGAAAAUAUAACAACUAGUGAAAAACUUUCUAAGAACAAUACAUCAAAGUCUAAAGGCAAUGGGAGGAAACGCAAACAGUCUAUUUUACAAAACGAAUCAUUUCUUUCAGGGUCAAGUGAAAAUUCCAUCAAUUAUAGUUCUAUUCAAAGUGCUGUUCUUCUGCCUAAGGCUGCAAGCCAAGUUGGGAAUGAUUUUAACCGCCAAGUUCUUCUCAAUUCUUCCCACAAUAACACAAAUCUAAACAGCAGUUCAGAGAGUGGAGGUACUAAUAGCACUUUUGAAAGUCAGCUAAAUUCUACGUAUAUAACUUCUCAAAAUUCUUCAUUAGUUUCUGAUUCUUCAUCCAACCAAACUGUAGGAGAACUAGAGGCAUCCAUGAUCAGUUCCACACAGACAGCUAGAAGGAAGAAGGUAGGAAAUAUAACUUUGCCAACCCUUCCAGAGGAAGGUAAAGGAAAAAUACUAAAUGUGCCUCCUAAACAAGAAGUAAAGAAAAGAGCACCUAAAGGUGCAACGAAAACAAAAACAAAAGGAACUCAAGUCAAUAUUAAGACAAAAGCUCCAAAAAAAAAUGUUGCUCCAAAGAAAACAACAGGGACAAAAGUUGUUAGAAAAAAAAUGGAAGGAAAUAAAAAACAAGAAAAUGUUGAGCACACUGAAGCAUCUAUUAGAGAAAAUAUUAUACCCGAAAACAAUUUGAAUGUCAAUAUAGGCAUUCCUUGUGAUUAUGAAACAAAUUCCAAGGAGGCAUUACUCAAAGAAAAAGUUGAAGAAUUAUUAAAUAUGCCAAGCACAAGUCAUGGGGUUUCUGACAUUAAUAACACAAUUGAGGCUGUUGACCAUACAAUCGGUAGUGUUGAUUUCGAUCAAAGUGAAUCAGAGGUUUUGGUUUCCCAAUCUUGUUCAAUUGAGAUUGUUAAAGAUGCAAACAGGGCUUCAAAAAUAAACAUUACUCUGCCACCAGAAACUAAUUUAUCUCUUUCUAAAAAGAAAGCAGCUACCGUGAAAUCUAAAAAAAGUUUACCUUCUAAUAAAGUUAAAAAGGACUCAUUAACUGGUGGAAGUAAUAAUAUACCAAAUCAAGGGAAAAUAAAAAUCAAACAAGAAAAGUCUUCACCAAACUCGAUAGAUUUAACUUUAGAAGCCAAACCUAACAAAAUUAAACAUGAAAAAUUAGAAAUGGAAAAUAAAAAAAAACAUUCGAGAAAAAAUGAAACCUCUAAGCCAGAAAACAAAAAGCAUGGAAAAGCGAGCCCUGCACCUAAAAAUAAAAAACAGACGAUUGCAUGUGGUUAUAUGUCUUCAGAUAGCUCAGAUGAAUCAGAUGAAAGCUAUGACAGUUCGGGAGAUGAUAGCACCAGUUGCAGUUGCAGUGAUUGUGAACAUUAUUGCGGUUGUACUUGGUGUGGAGAAAGUAGUUCUUGCAGUUGCUCGAGUAGCAGCGAGUCUUCUUAUGAAUCACCUCGCAGAAGAAGACAUCAUAGAUAAAAUCCUUAUCACACUAAGACAAUUGUGAAACACUUGUUUUUAAUAUUUGAUAAAUGCUUUGUUAAUUUUUAUUAUAUUCGAUAAUUUUGUCAAUCAUAAUGAAUGUGUGAAACAUUAAUAUGCUAUGAAAUAACAUUUUGUGUUUUGCUUACAUUCAUUAUUUCUAAAAAAAUAUAUAUAUAUGUUUUAUAAUUACUUAAUAUUAAUUUUUGAAAUUGGUUUUAAUUGUUAAUAAAAAUAAAUGGAAAAUACUCAUAUUAUGUGGUCUGUUAUCCGCUUCUGUCUUCCAUGAAGAGAAAUCGAGGGUCCUAAGAACUAAUUUUCUUGAGCACCCAUCAGAUAUUAAAUCCACGACUGAAACCCAACCUUUUCUGCAUAAUAUAUGUUAGAAAAAUACCAUGUAUAGCUGUUAUGUAAUUAUUAUAUAAAUAAAAUAUGUAUUAUUUUUAUAGUAUUGUAAAAAUUAGAACGUAAAAAAUAAAACCUGAUUGAAUGGACUGAGCCCAUUUGAGGGCUUGAUCCCCAACUGCCCUCCCCUCUCUGUUGGAUGCAGGAAGGUGAGAACUGUAAUGAGAGAGUAUACCCUUGACUUGGGUGAAACCAAUGCCUACUGCUAAUGGACUGAAUACCUGUACAACAACUUACUUUAAAAGGUACAGUUCUCUUUAUAUUUUAGUGUUUGAGAGGGUUCUUAAAAAGGAAUUAAAAAAAAAAAAAAAUUCAAAGUCGAUGAUUUAUUUACCUCUGAUACAUACAAAUAGGCAUAUUUGAAAUAAGUUUAAAAAUUUGAAGAAGACAGUAUAACAUAUUUAUGGUAUAUUUAUAAUAUAUUGUCUAUUAGACCAGAUUUUAUGAUAGCAGAUGCAUGCUCUGAGCAAAUAAUUUUUAUCUGCCUUUCCUUUGCUUUUUCAGUUCUGAAAUCUAAAUAAUAAGAUUUUUUAAAGAUGCUGGAUAUUUUCACUACUAUACAGGAACAGGAACACUACUAGUGAUACAGGAAACAGUAGUUGAUAUUGUGUAGGGAAGACAGCUUUUUCUAAAUAUUAUCAGAGCAUUAUAUCAUUCACCAACUCACAAUUAUGUCAAUCAACCUGCAAUGAUAUGGAAUAUUAUAUACCUUUCUGUUACGCUUUAAAUUUCAGGAUUUCAUAUUAAUGAAAACAUUAACCAAGUUUAAAAAGUUAUUAAAAAAUAACUACAAUAAAUUAUUACAAAGCUUUGACUUCUUAAUUUAUUUUCUGUGACCUGGGAUGUAUUGCGAUAGAAUAAUCAUGCAAAUAAAAUAUUUAUUUAUAAAAAAAUAAGUAAAAAAUACACUUUUUUCAAAAAUGCAUCAUCUAAAGUGAUACUGUUUUUAAACAGAUCUUUAUCAUGGGAAUUGAUCCUUAUUAUAUUAAGUGACCUACUAAAUGUUCCCAAGUUUAAUAUUUAUGUUUUCAUGACCAUCAUCUCCUAAAUUGAUUACAGGACGAGUAAACUGGGACAAAUUUUGUGAUGACUUGGAAAACAAACUAGACUUGAAAAUUGCGCUUAAGACAAAAGAAGACAUUAAUGGUGCCAUAGAAAAACUUACAACAUCAAUAACAGACAGUAUAAACAGUAACACCUUUAACAAUUUACAAAAGACUAACUUGCCACAGCAUAUUAGUAUCUUAUUAAAGGAAAAACGCAGAGCAAGAUCGAAGUGUCAUAGAAUUAGAUAUCCAACAGAUAAAACUCAUUAUACCCAACUGACUAACAAACUAAAAUCAGAAAUUAGAAAAUACAAAAUUCAAAAUUUACUAAAUUUUACUGAAAAACUUACACCUACCGACAAAUCACUGUGGACGACGAAUAAACGGCUCCUGAAAUUUAAAGACUUUAAUCAUCCACUUCUUACUGAAGCUCAAACUUGGUCCAAAUCUGAUGAAGAAAAAUACCAAAUUUUUGCUCAUCACCUCUUCAAAACUUUUAAUCCACAUCCUGAUAUCCUUAAUCCAAAUUAGCUUGAAUGUAUUGAAACAGAACUGGAUAUUCCACUCCAAAUGACUCCUCCUCCUAAAGCAUUUCAUCCUUCAGAAAUAUCCAAUAUUAUUAACAGAUUACCCUCCCGCAAAGCACCUGGCCACGACCUAAUCACUUCCCACAUUCUUAAACUACUUCCUCGAAAAGCCAUUCUAUUCCUUACUUACAAUUAUAACGCCGUACUCCGUUCCACAUAUUUUCCUGACCCUUGGAAACUAUCUGUAGUCAAAAUGAUACAUAAACCCAAAAAGCCACCAGAAUACUCAUCCUCUUACCGUCCUAUCUCUCUUUUACCCAUCAUGGGCAAAAUCCUGGAGAAGCUCAUCUUAAAACGCCUGUAUCCCAUCCUAGAUUCUAAUCACCGAUUCCGCACAUCCCAUUCCACUAUCCAGCAAUGUCAUCGUGUGGUAGACGUUGUCUCCUCUGCAUUGGAGCGCGGAAUGUAUUGCACUGGAGUUUUUCUCGACUUUGAACAGGCGUUUGAUCGAGUCUGGCAUCCGGGAUUGCUUUAGAAACUCCGUAAAUUCCUUUCCCCGACAUAUUUUCUUAUCAUCAGUUCCUAUCUUACUGAUAGGCACUUCAAAGUAAAUCACAAUAAUACCUAUUCAUCCCUCUUUUCUCAAUCUGCCGGAGUUCCUCAAGGUAGUAUCCUUGGUUCUAUCCUUUACACAGUUUAUACAGCUGAUAUCCCAACCCAUCUUAACACUGUCAUCACAACGUAUGCUGAUGACACAUGUAUCCUGUCAGUUAAUAAUGAUCCAACAAUUGCAUCCCAAACUCUUCAAUCACACAUCACAAACCUUGAAGAAUGGUGUCAAAAAUGGAGGAUUAAAAUAAAUCCCAUCAAAUCAGCUUUACCCUUCGUCGUAAACCAAUGACUUGCUGUCCUAUAGUAUCCUUUAAUAACACCCCACUUAUCCCUGUAGAACAAAUCCUAUACCUAGGACUCCAGCUGGACAAACGUCUCACUUGGAAUCCUCAUACAAGACUGAAACGACAAGAAACUGCUCGACAUUUCCGCUUACUCCAACACUUACUGGACAAACGCUCUAAACUUCCAAUGAAUUACAAACGACUCAUAUACAUGACUAUAAUAAGACCUAUUCGGACUUAUGGAGUUGAGCUAUGGGGCUCCACUAAACCAUGAAAUUCUUCUCGUAUCCUAUCUUUACAAUCCAAAAUCCUUCGUAAAAUCCUCAAUGCUCCUUACUUUGUCACAAAUAAAAUAAUCCAUAAAGACCUCAAUGUUCCAUAUGCUUCCGAUUUGGCCAAAUCCAGAUACCUUAUCCUUCCAUAAUAAACUUCAUAAACAUCCGUAUCCUCUUGUUUCUAACCUUGCCUCCUCUUCGAUUCCUGAUAACCCUCCGAGGCGUCUGAAAAGAAGAUGGCCUCGUGAUCUUCUCAUGUAGACAAAUUAUUAGAGUGCUACCAAUGGGUAGUUUCUCAACAAGUGUGUUUCAUGUGAUAAUAUUCCUCUGUACACAUUUACUUGAUGUAUUCAUACUAAUACAGUUGUAAAUAUCA